AUGGAGCUGGCUAGCAUUGUUGUGGCCCUAGUAGCAUUAUCUGCUUGUAGUGCAGUGCCAAUUGAAACUGAGUGGGAUUUGUGGAAAGAACGACAUGGAAAGGCUUACUUGAAUGGAAAAGAGGAGUUUGAAAGAAAGGUAACUUGGGCAAGGAACACGAAAUUCGUUGAGGACUUCAACCAAGGACAACAUAGCUACAUGUUAGCCAUGAAUCAUUUCUCAGACACGGUUAUUGAUCAAGGAUACUGCCAAUCUUCCUGGGCAUUUAGUGCUGCUGGGGCCAUAGAUGGGCAAUACUUUGUAAUGACGGGGGAUUUGAUGGAAAUAAGUAUUCAGCAGCUGCUUGAUUGCUCCUCAUCUUGGGGCAAUCGUGGUUGUCAUGGAGGGAUUCCUACUUGGGCCUACAGAUACAUAGAGGGGGCAUCAGGGGUCUGUACUGUCUCCAAAUACCCAUACCUAGGCUAUACCUGGUACUGUGCUGAGAAAUUCUGUCCUAAAGCAUUCACAUGCACAGGAUUUGCAAUAGUGGAGACAGGGAGUGAACAGGAUCUAAUGGCAGCGGUUACUGAUGUUGGGCCAAUAAGUGUUGUUGUUGAUGCAGCACCUUUGACAUUUCAAUUCUAUUCCGGUGGCAUCUAUGAUGACAGUAACUGUAGAACCAAUUCCCUUAAUCAUGCAAUGCUUCUUGUUGGAUAUGGAACAGAUGCAGACACGGGAUUCAAAUACUGGAUCCUCAAAAACAGUUGGGGUAGUGACUGGGGAAUGGAUGGGUACAUGUACUUGUCUCGAGACAACAACAACCUCUGUGGCAUUGCUACAGCUGCUUCAUACCCUCUACUAGAGCAGAUAUAA